AGGGGGCACUAGCGUAGGCAAACUCUUAGCACUGACUAUCAAGCCUUGCUAAAUCACCGCUCUCUCCAAGGAAACAAAACAAUAUAGAAUCGGGUUGACGGCGUGCUACAAGAAUAGACCCUCUCUCGACACGACAGCGCGCUUUCCCGUGGAAUGAGCGUUCCAUGCAGCAUCCUAGGUAUGAAUGACGUGGCCUGGCAGGAGACGAGAGGUGGGAUGCUGCAUGCAAAUGGUGCUCCUGAGACCGGAGGUGUCAGAGUUCAUGGUGGAGGGCCCCUAGCCACAGUCGGGGGUGCUGGACAGGGUCCUGGAGGACCACAUCUACAAUGGUUGACAGGAGUGUUUAAUCCUACCCCAGGUACUCCGCAGCCUCCAUUGAGCGGGCGAUCUCAGGAUGAUGCAACAGUUGGAUACUUCUUUCAGAGGCAGCCUGGAGAGCAGCUUGGAGGUUGCGCACCCAGCAAACAUCGCUGGCCGACUGGAGAUGCCAACCAUGUCGAUCAGGUCCGGGCUGUGGAUGAAAUGAACUAUGACUUUCAAGCUCUUGCUUUGGAGUCGAGAGGGAUGGGAGAGCUCUUGCCAGCAAAGAAGCUGUGGGAUUCUGAUGAGUUGGCAAAGGAUGGAAGGAAGGGGAUGCUCCUUGGAGAAGAGUGGAGGGAUAAUGCCUGGGGAUCAUCUCAUCACUCAGUGUCUCAGCCAAUCAUGGUGCAGCGGCGGCCAGGCCCGAGUUUCCAUGGGAAUGGCGAUGCCAAUUCUGUGCUUUCGCCUCGCUCAGAAGGUGGAGGCCUUGGGGUGAGCAUGGUGGAGUAUGUCCUGAGCUCAUCUCCUGGUGACAAGAUGGAUGGUCGCUACAGGAAUGGUGGCUAUGGUAGUGGAGAUACUGACCAGGAUGGUAGAGAGAAGAAUGAUGCCCAAGAGAAAGUGUCCCCCUUUGAAGAAGACAAGAGCCCUGAGAUGAAGGUUGGAGAGGAUGGUGAUCCAGCAAAAGCAAAUGGAAGAGGUCUGCUUAAUGGCAUGGAUAGAGACUGCAAAGACUUCAAUCCGACCCCAGGUAGCCGCCAAGCAUCACCUACUGAGGCUGUUGAGAGGAUGGGUCCCAGUCAGACAGGUUUGGAGAUGAUGGGCCAGCACCACCCUCAUGCUCUUCAACAGCAGAAUCCUAUACAAGGCAAAGCCCCAACUGAGGACUUUCAGAACCAAGAAGCCCAGAACAUGGGGGGUAUGGAGCAACAAGCUGGUGUAGAGUCACUCCAGUUUGACUAUGCUGGGAACCAGAUUCAGGUGGAUUCUUCAGGGACCCCAGUGGGAUUGUUUGACUACAGCUCUCAACAACAGUUGUUCCAGAGAUCUAAUCCCCUGACUGUUCAACAGCUCACUGCAGCUCAACAACAACAAUACGCCCUGGCUGCCGCCCAGCAGCAGCAUCUUGCUGGCCUUGCUCCUGCAUUUGUGCCAAACCCUUACAUCAUUAAUGCUGCCCCCCCUGGAGCUGAUCCCUACACUGCUGCUGGUCUGGCAGCAGCCACGCUUGCAGGUCCCACAGUGGUUCCACCUCAGUACUAUGGCGUCCCUUGGGGUGUGUAUCCAGCGAAUCUCUUUCAGCAGCAGGCUGCAUCAACUGCCAAUCACUCAGCUAAUCAGCAGGCAUCCAAUCAGGGACCAGGGCCUGGCCAACCACAGGUCAUGCGCACAGGAACUAACCAGCGCCCUCUUACACCUGGGCAAGGUCAGCAAAGUCAGCAGGAAUCACUAGCUGCUGCAGCUGCUGCAAAUCCUGCAUUGGCCUACACAGGGAUGCCUGGUUAUCAGGUUUUGGCUCCUGCUGCCUACUAUGACCAGACUGGGGCUCUGGUAAUGGGCCCUGGUGCUAGAACUGGGAUAGGUGGACCUGUUCGUCUAGUUCAGACCCCUCUUCUAAUCAAUCCUGCUGCUGCACAAGCCGCAGCUGCCGUGUCAGCAUCUGGCUCCGGUAACAACAUGUCUGGUCCUCCAGCCAACGGGCUCUAUCGCUCCAUGCCUCAGCCUCAGCCCCAGCCACAGCAACAGCAGGCACCUCCUCCCAGCAGCGGCCUGCCUUCCAGCUCAUUCUAUGGUUCUGGAUCUGUACCUAACACUUCUCAAAGCAGCUCUCUUUUCUCACACAACUCUGCCCCACCACCAAGCUCCUCUCUGGGCUUCAGCAGCACAGGUGGUUCACUUGGUGUCGGCCUGGGCUCUGCUCUUGGAGGCUUUGGCUCCUCAGUAUCCAGCUCUACCAGUAGCAGUGUAUCUCGCAGGGACUCGCUCUUGGCCAGUUCUGACCUCUACAAACGCGGUGGUAGCAGUUUAACUCCCAUCGGCCAGCCCUUUUACAACAGUCUUGGUUACUCCUCUUCACCCAGCCCCAUUGGCCUAACACCAGGCCACUCUCCACUCACUCCGCCACCCUCUCUGCCAUCCUCUCAUGGAUCCUCUUCCAGCCUUCACCUAGGUGGCCUAACAAAUGGCAGUGGCCGCUACAUCUCUGCAGCACCUGGAGCUGAGGCCAAGUACCGCAGCACCGGUGGGACGUCCAGUCUGUUUAAUUCCAGCAGCCAGCUGUUCCCUCCAUCUCGGCCCCGCUACAGUCGCUCUGAUGUCAUGCCGUCCGGUCGCAGCCGCCUGCUUGAAGACUUCAGGAACAACCGUUUCCCAAACCUCCAGCUCCGUGACUUGCCAGGACACAUGGUGGAGUUCUCUCAAGACCAGCAUGGAUCCAGAUUUAUCCAGCAGAAGCUAGAGAGAGCAACUCCUGCUGAGAGGCAGAUGGUGUUUGGAGAAAUUUUGCAAGCCGCAUACCAACUGAUGACUGAUGUAUUUGGCAACUAUGUCAUCCAAAAGUUUUUUGAGUUUGGAAGUGCAGACCAGAAACUGGCGUUGGCAACACGCAUCCGUGGGCACGUCCUCCCCUUGGCUUUGCAGAUGUAUGGUUGCAGGGUCAUCCAGAAAGCCCUCGAGUCCAUUUCCUCUGACCAGCAGGUAAUUAGCGACAUUGUCCGUGAACUCGAUGGCCAUGUGUUGAAGUGUGUGAAGGACCAGAAUGGGAAUCAUGUGGUGCAGAAGUGUAUUGAGUGUGUCCAGCCACAGGCCCUACAGUUCAUUAUUGAUGCCUUCCAAGGCCAGGUGUUUGUUCUGUCCACACACCCUUAUGGCUGCAGAGUAAUUCAAAGGAUUUUGGAGCACUGCACACAGGAGCAAACUCUGCCCAUCUUGGAAGAGCUUCACCAACACUCUGAACAGCUGGGCCAGGAUCAAUAUGGUAAUUACGUCAUCCAGCAUGUUCUGGAGCAUGGCAGGCCGGAGGAUAAAAGCAAGAUAGUGGCAGAGGUUCGAGGAAAGGUUCUUGUACUGAGUCAGCACAAGUUUGCAAGUAAUGUUGUGGAGAAGUGUGUCAUCCACUCUUCGCGUGCAGAGAGAGCUCUGCUCAUAGAUGAAGUGUGCUGUCAGAAAGAUGGGCCCCACAGUGCUCUGUACACCAUGAUGAAGGACCAGUACGCCAACUAUGUUGUCCAAAGAAUGAUUGACAUGGCAGAACCUGCUCAGCGCAAAAUUAUCAUGCACAAGAUCCGGCCUCACAUUGCCACGUUGCGCAAGUACACCUACGGGAAGCACAUUCUGGCCAAGCUAGAAAAGUACUAUAUGAAGAGCGGAUCCGAACUGGGUCCCAUCGGUGGCCCCACAAACGGCCUCAUGUAGUCCCGCUAACCUCCUGGGUACCCCGAAGAAGUAGAAGAGGAGGAGGAGGAAGAAGAGGAGUAGGAGCCCCAAGCCCCCUGUUCUAUGUGAGACGCUCCUUAGCCAUAGGGGUUAGCCUUUUACACCCUUUGUCAUCCCAUUUUUGGGGAAUUACCAAAAAAAAAAGACAAGUCAACUUCACCUAAGAACGCUGUGACAACUGACCCCUGCCACUCUGCCACCCCUGGUGCCGGUCUGCAGCAUGGGCCCCCCAGGGGACGCACAGUCAGCAGGCAGAUUUUCCUGGGUAAAGCACAAGCCCAUUGUUAAUGAUGUAAUUGAUGUAUUUGACUGGUUUUCAUAUUAUCUUGUACAUUUAGUUUUUUACAUUGUAAAUUCUCUGUAGAAAAAAAAAACUUAUACACAUUUGCUGAAAUUUACAAUUCUUACAAUUUAACACCAGCAAGUGACUUUAUAAGGCUAAACUGAGUAACCUUUUAAAAUCAAUUCCAUUUGUUUUUGUAACCAGACUUAUGUCAGCUGUUCUAAAUGAGUCUAGGCAAUUGAUUAUAUUUGUAUAUUAUCCCAUGCACAGUAAAUCGUUCCCAUGCCAAAGCAGCUGAUGGAUUAGUUUUCAAAUAGCACUACAUAGUAUGGAUGGAAAUGAACUCUUCCGUCCACAGGUGAAUACUAUGUGUCACGUGCCACAGUCAGUCACCCAAAGGUCUUUAGGACCAUUUUUAUGAGAGCUUGGCUUCGGGGAUUGGUGCUUUAGUAUAGGGUAGUGUUCUCCAGUGGUGGCUAUUUCUUGCCCCCUUUUCAUUGCUGCCUUUUUCCAGGCUAAAGGGGGGGGGGGGGGGGUGAGUGUUUACCCUGUUCGACCAGCAGCUUAUAGUCUGCCUGAUGUAACUAUUUCAACAGUUUCGGUACUAACUAUUACAGACUGAUGACACUGAGCUGCUGCAUCCACUGAGCCCCGUUUGAGCCGUCUUACUUUAUCUCAACCAGGUGAUCACUUUGGUUUAUGCAAGAAGAAAAAAGCUACCAUUAACAUAACUUAUAGAAGCAGAGCAUGAGGUUUGGUUGUACAGUGGGUGUGUAACCUGGUAUAAUCUUAACAUGAAAUGACCAUAGUGGGGGGCGUUUUUGUUUUAUUUUAUUUUUUUGUUUUAUUUUUAUUUUUUUUCAUGGGAUGAUGGGUGGGAGUGGGUUUAUGCAUUGGCAUGCUGUGACAGGUUUUAAUCCUUGGAAUGAUUUUUUUUUUUUCUUUCCUUUUUCAUGUUUUGUGUAACAUCUGUCUUGUAGUUUGAGAUGAACACUGCCCUAGAAAUGGUAUCUUUAUGUACUGAAUAAUCAUCUCUUGCGUAGUUUAGUAGUAGUUUAGCAAUGUAUAGCAUCUUUAUGUAUGAGUAAUUGUUGCUUUUGGGUAGGGGGCUUGCAGCGAUGAUGGAACCCCCACCGCCUGAAGGUCAGAGUAGUCCAAAAAUGUUGUGAAGUGGAGCUUAUCCCUUCUUUUUACACCUGAUGUAGACGACAGUUGGGAUAAGUUGAAGAAAGGGAUGUUCAAGAACCGUUUUAAUGGUUCUGUUUUUGUUUUAAUUUAGUUUUUAAUUUGGUUGGGUAUGCAAGUGCAUUGGUGGAGGCCGGUGGGGCCAUCAAUAGCUAUACAAUUUACCUGUAAUGCUCGUAGUGAUGGCUUAUUUGCUUCUUAUGAAUAAUGUAGAAUACAUGUAGUAUAUGUGCAGUUAAUAAGUGUAAGAAUAUUAGUUAAAUUGAAAAUGUCUAGUCGUGGUGUUUGACAGGCCUUGCUAAAUUUGUAGUGAUGCUUUUAUUUCGUCUGUACAGUUGUACAUUUGUAAACGUUUAUGCUGUAAAUGGGAUGUCUUUUACACUUUUUUGGGGGAGAAAAAGGCAAAAUGUGCAUUUUGAUGUGUGUAUAUUCAUCACUCCUUUCCCCUUGAAUAUAAUGUAUACAGUUUUAUUUGAACAAGUGUUAUUUUAAAGAAAACUUUAUGGCUUCACAAUCUGGCAUGUAAUUUUUUUUUUGUUUUUAACCUGUUAUGGGAAAGGCCAGCCUCUCUUUGUACUAGAGCUGUAACAUCUACUGUUGAUAGUCUUUCUGAUGUGUGACAGUUUAAAAAAAGGAGGAAAAAAAAUCUAAAACUGAGGCUGCAUUUAGUCCUCUCUGCUACCAUUGAAACUUCACAGGAUAUGACAAGAAUUAUUUUUGUACAGAUGAGUGCUGUAUUUUGGAACAGCUACUACCUUGUAAGCAAAAGCAAUGUAAAAUAUUGUCAAUUAUAUAAAUAUGAACAUAUGAGUUUUGUCACACUGUCAAAGUCAUGUACAUUUUCAGGUGGCCUUAUGUACAUUUCCAGAUGUUAGAUGAAGAAAACAAACUCAUUUUUGGAAGCAGAAUUGUGACUAUGUAUGAUUAAAAUUGUUCUUCUAACAUUU